CAGAGGAGGGGAGGAGGAGAGGGAGGAUAUAUUUUCUGAUAUCCUUGUCAGCAAUUUGAAAAUAUGGGGGCUGGCUGAUACUUAGAUUAGGUGAAAUCCUUGUUGGCUGAAUAAGCUUUCCCAGAGAGUAAUGACUAUGAAUCAAGGACAACCUAGAGGAAAAUCUUUUGUUUUGAACCUCAGGGACUAUUUUUUUAAAUCAGCUUUCACUCCAAGCAUAGUGAGGGAACAGGUUAAAGGGCUAGCUUCCUUUUCUUACGAAAAAAGCUUCAAUAUACCUGUGAAUCAGACACAACAUGGCAGUAACAAUAAAACUCACAAAAUAAACUUCCAGAAAAAAAGGAGGCCGUAUCAUACACUUUUAAAAAUUGAAAGCCGUUUUAAAUGUCAUUUAACAAAAACUUACUUUAAUGUCCAAAUGAGGUUAGUUUAUCCUCAAGAAGCCACUGGAGACAGCAGUUUAGACCAGAGGUUUGGUCAAUUCUAACAGGGUGGGAGAGAGAUCCUUCCUGAUGACUAGUGAGGAUCCAAAGAUUUAAAAACGCUUCGCUCUUUGACCAUCUUUUUUAGCCUUGCUUCCAUGCUGCAUUCAUUAGCAUGUUUCCAUUAUAAUCUUGCCAGUAGAUCGGUGUAUUACAUUGAAAAGCCAUGUUGAAAAGCUGCCACUUUGGAAACAUUUGCUGGAGGGAUGGUGGGAGAGACUGGUCCACUGCUUCUGCCUCUUCUCUUCCAUCUCAGUCACCCCAAAGCACUAAAAUCUUUACACCUGGAAGAACUGUCCAGCAGGCAGAGCUUACUAAGGAUGGAAUGGGUAUCACAGUAGUGCUGAGCUUCCUGGCUAGGAUGUGAUCAGAUAGGUGCUUGGAUGACUACCUGGAGAAACGAUGUGGCAGGGAUUCUGGGGCCACGCAGUGCCUAGGUCCAUCCCGGAGGGUCUCUCAUGACGUUGCAGCAGUGAUUCUGUGAGUCUGAUGCCUGGUGCACUCAGUGUGAGUCUUAGUACUUCAGAUUGGAAUGAGAUCGGCAUGUUGCUUUCAAGGAAAGCUUCCAAGCGAGCCAACGAAACAGGAAGGACCUGGACAGCCAAUGAUUGCUUAAGCCGACCCUGUAUCCCUACAGCAUCACCAAGCUGAGGAGGUAGAAGCGAAUCUCUAAGGGGUAAGAUAUGCAAGAUAUCUUUGUGUCUGAGGGUGAAGUCUCAAAGGCAGUGGGUUAGAUGAAGUGUGGAUUGGGUCUGAAUCCAGCUCUGCCGUUUCCUAGAGGGGAAAGCUUGGGGCCAAGUUACUUCAUCUCCCUGAGCCUCAGUUUUCUCGUUAGUCAAAGCGAGCUCUACUUAACUUCUCAGUGUUUGUGCAGGUUACACAGGAGUUAUAAAGUAUCUAGUCCCGGUCUGGCACCCUGCAGGGGUCCAGUGCGUGACCCUCUAUUUCAUUCCCCUCUUUCCGUCCCCCAUGUCAGAGUAUCUGUCGUUUCUCCCCUCUGGGCCUGUUUCUCUGGGUCGUUGGUGCUGGAUCCGCCUCGGGAGCUGACUUGGCAACCCCACGCUCAGAGCACGGCCUGCCCCGGCUGCACACGGUGGGAGGCGCCAAUGCAGACAGGUAUUUCCAGUCCUGCUAGAGAAGCAAUGGGUGGAGGUGGAAAUGGGGAUGGGGGAGGAGAUCGGAUGAGCCCGGGACCUGGGUGGAUCCCCUGGGAGGAGGGCGGGGAGUCUUGCUCCCCGCCUGGUGCUUCUGGCCCCAGGCUCAGAUUUCAACCCUAGCUGCCGCCUCCGUGGCGCGCCCGUUAGGGGAGCGGAGAGGGUCGCCCGCAGGCUCGGAAGGAAGGACGGCGUACCAGGAACCUGUCAAGGGGCCAGCUCCCGCAGCCCCGGAACGCGGGCCGGACCCCGCGGCCCCUCUUGCUGGCGGCGGGAAGCUGCCGACCCGCCUUUCGGCGCUUGGCUGGGCAGAGGUCCACGAGGGGGCGACCUGAGCCCACGUGCCACCGAGCCCUUCCCUCCUGAAACUACAACUCCCAGGCCGCCCAGGGGCCCCGCCCGCCUCGCCGCGCCUCUGGCGGCUCCAAUUGGCCGCCGCGGGAGGAGGAUUGGCGGUCUCCAGGGCGACGGGAGGCGCUCGGGGCAUCCGAGGCGGGGAGGCGGGUCCGCCCCCUAUUGUGUAGCGGCGAGAGUGGAGCCGAGCCGUGCGGAGCAGCGCCUUUCUCUAACUGUGGGGUUUCUCCUGGACUCCAGUAUUGGCCAACUCUGCCUGCUGCCUUGCACUUUGCAUUUAGAUCUGGUGGUUCUCCAGAGAGCAGCUUCCUUGGGUGUUACAUGAGCCAAGCCCUCACUGUCCAGAAGAGUGAGAGCUGAAACCUGUGCCCUGAGCUGAUCGCAAGGACAUCCCUUGGCCCCUCCACCUGGGCUCCUGCGGAUAGGAGGGGCUGGGCGAGCAGGCCAGCUGGGCUAUGGUGUGGUGCCUCGGCCUGGCUGUCCUCAGCCUGGUCAUCAGCCAGGGGGCUGACGGUCAAGGGAAGUCUGAGGUGGACUCAGUGGUGGGCCGGGCUGGGGAGAGUGUGGUGCUGGGCUGUGACCUGCUGCCCCCGGCCGGCCGGCCCCCUCUGCAUGUCAUCGAGUGGAUGCGCUUUGGAUUCCUGCUUCCCAUCUUCAUCCAGUUCGGCCUCUACUCUCCCCGAAUUGACCCUGAUUACGUGGGACGAGUCCGGCUGCAGAAGGGGGCCUCUCUCCAGAUUGAGGGUCUGCGGGUGGAAGACCAGGGCUGGUACGAGUGCCGCGUGCUCUUCCUGGACCAGCACAUCCCCGAAGACGAUUUGGCUAACGGCUCCUGGGUGCAUCUGACAGUCAAUUCGCCCCCUCAAUUCCAAGAGACACCUCCUGCUGUGUUGGAAGUGCAGGAACUGGAGCCUGUGACCCUGCGUUGUGUGGCCCGUGGAAGCCCCCUGCCUCGUGUGACUUGGAAGCUCAGAGGACAGGACCUGGGCCAGGGCCAGGGCCAGGUGCAAGUGCAGAACGGGACGCUGCGGAUCCACCGGGUAGAGCGAGGCAGCUCUGGGGUCUACACCUGCCAAGCCUCCAGCACUGAGGGCAGCACCACCCACACCACCCAGCUGCUGGUGCUAGGACCACCAGUCAUCGUGGUGCCCCCCAAGAACAGCACAGUCAAUGCCUCCCAGGAUGUUUCCUUGGCCUGCCACGCUGAGGCAUACCCUGCUAACCUCACCUAUAGCUGGUUCCAGGACAACACCAAUGUCUUCCACAUUAGCCGCCUGCAGUCCCGGGUGCGGAUCCUGGUGGACGGGAGCCUGAGGCUGCAGGCUACUCAGCCUGACGAUGCCGGCCGCUACACCUGUGUGCCCAGCAAUGGCCUCCUGCAUCCACCCUCAGCCUCUGCCUACCUCACCGUGCUCUACCCAGCCCAGGUGACAACUAUGCCUCCUGAGACACUCCUGCCCAUAGGCAUGCCGGGGGUGAUCCACUGCCCGGUUCGCGCCAACCCCCCACUGCAUUUUGUCAGCUGGACCAAGGAUGGAAGGGCCCUGCAGCUGGACAAGUUUCCUGGCUGGUCCCAGGGCACAGAAGGCUCACUGAUCAUUGCCCUGGGGAACGAGGAUGCCCUGGGAGAAUACUCCUGCACCCCCUACAACAGUCUUGGUACUGCUGGGCCCUCCCCUGUGACCCGCGUGCUGCUCAAGGCUCCCCCAGCUUUUAUAGAACGGCCCAAGGAAGAAUACUUCCAAGAAGUAGGGCGGGAGCUACUCAUCCCCUGCUCUGCCCGAGGGGACCCUCCUCCUGUUGUCUCUUGGGCCAAGGUGGGCCGGGGGCUGCAAGGCCAGGCCCAGGUGGACAGCAACAGCAGCCUCGUCCUGCGACCUUUGACCAAGGAGGCCCAUGGGCGCUGGGAAUGCAGUGCCAGCAAUGCUGUGGCCCGAGUGGCCACAUCCACGAAUGUCCACGUGCUGGGCACUAGUCCUCAUGUUGUCACCAAUGUGUCCGUGGUGCCUUUGCCCAAGGGUGCCAAUGUCUCCUGGGAGCCUGGCUUUGAUGGUGGCUAUCUGCAGAGAUUCAGUGUCUGGUACACCCCACUAGCCAAGCGUCCUGACCGAAUGCACCAUGACUGGGUGUCCUUGGCAGUGCCUGUGGGAGCUGCCCACCUCCUAGUGCCAGGGCUGCAGCCCCACACCCAGUACCAGUUCAGCGUGCUAGCUCAGAACAAGCUGGGGAGUGGUCCCUUCAGCGAAAUCGUCCUGUCUGCUCCUGAAGGGCUUCCUACCACACCAGUUGCGCCCAGGCUUCCCCCGACAGAGGUGCCGCCUCCCCUGUCCCCUCCGCGAGGUCUGGUGGCAGUGAGAACACCCCGGGGAGUACUCCUGCAUUGGGAUCCCCCAGAGCUGGUCCCUAAGACACUGGAUGGCUACGUCUUGGAAGGACGGCAGGGCUCCCAGGGCUGGGAGGUGCUGGACCCGGCUGUGCCAGGCACAGAAACAGAGCUGCUGGUGCCAGGCCUCAUCAAGGUAUGUGCGGGAGGCCAUACAGGCAGCGGCCUCCCAGGGGCUCUCCUGCGUCCUCCUCCAUUCCCCAAACCCCAUCUUCGCAUCUUGAUUGGAGCUCUUCGCCUCCGCGUCCCACCUCACCCCUCCGCCCCGCCUGCACAGUCUUUCCGCGCUCCGCUGGGAGGGGCGGUGCUGGGCCCUGACCUCCCUCCUGGCACCCCAUCCCCGUCGCAGGAUGUCUUCUACGAGUUCCGCCUCGUGGCCUUCGCGGGCAGCGACGUCAGCGACCCCAGCAACACGGCCAACGUCUCCACUUUCGGCCUGGAGGUCUACCCGUCGCGCACGCAGCUGCCGGGCCUCCUGCCCCAGCCGGUGCUGGCCGGCGUGCUGGGCGGGGUCUGCUUCCUGGGCGUGGCCGUCCUGGUGAGCAUCCUGGCGGCCUGCCUCAUGAACCGGCGCAGGGCUGCCCGGCGCCGCCGCAAGCGCCUCCGCCAAGAUCCACCUCUUAUCUUCUCUCCCACCGGGAAGUCAGCUGCACACUCUGCUCUGGGCUCAGGCAGUCCUGACAGCGUGGCGAAGCUGAAGCUCCAGGGUUCCCCAGUCCCCAGCCUGCGCCAGAGUCUGCUCUGGGGGGAUCCUGCCGGAACUCCCAGCCCCCACCCAGAUCCUCCACCUAGCCGGGGACCCUUACCCCUGGAGCCCAUUUGCCGGGGCCCAGAUGGGCGCUUUGUGAUGGGGCCCACUGUGGUGGCCCCCCGGGAAAGGUCAGGCCCGGAGCAGGCAGAACCUCGGACACCAGCCGAGCGUCUGGCCCGGUCCUUUGACUGUAGCAGCAGCAGCCCCAGUGGGGCACCCCAGCCCCUCUGCAUUGAAGACAUCAGCCCUGUAGCAGCCCCUCCAGCAGCCCCACCCAGUCCCCUGCCAGGUCCCGGGCCCCUGCUCCAGUACCUGAGCCUGCCCUUCUUCCGGGAGAUGAAUGUGGAUGGGGACUGGCCCCCUCUGGAGGAUCCCAGCCCUGCUGCACCCCCAGAUUACAUGGAUACCCGGCCCUGCCCCACCUCAUCUUUCCUACGUCCCCCAGACACCCCUCCUAUGUCCCCCAGGGCAUCACUUCCUGGGGAUGUGGUAGGGGCUGGGGUAGCUGCAGAGCCCCCUUACACAGCCCUGGCUGACUGGACACUGAGGGAGCGGCUGCUGCCAGGCCUUCUCCCUGCCGCCCCUCGGGGCAGCCUCACCAGCCAGAGCAGCGGGCGAGGCAGCGCUUCGUUCCUGCGGCCCCCCUCCACAGCUCCCUCUGCAGGAGGCAGCUACCUGAGCCCUGCUCCAGGAGACACCAGCAGCUGGGCCAGUGGCCCUGAGAGGUGGCCCCGAAGGGAGCAUGUGGUGACAGUCAGCAAGAGGAGGAACACAUCUGUGGAUGAGAACUAUGAGUGGGACUCAGAAUUCCCUGGGGACGUGGAAUUGCUGGAGACCUUACACCUGGGCUUGGCCAGCUCCCGGCUCAGACAUGAAGCUGAGCCAGAGCUAGGUGUGAAGACUCCAGAGGAGGGCUGCCUCCUGAACACUGCCCCUGUUACUGGCCCUGAGGCCCGCUGUGCUGCCCUUCGGGAGGAAUUCCUGGCCUUCCGCCGCCGCCGAGAUGCUACUAGGGCUCGGCUGCCGGCCUAUCGACAGCCAGUCCCCCACCCUGAACAGGCCACUCUGCUGUGAACACCCCAAUACGAGGCUGGGAAAAGGCAAAUGGACCUGCAUAGGAGGCCCCCAACCAGACCUAGCUUCAACCUAGGGCACUGCCCCUGCCCCUUUGGUGCCCAGGCACAGAUCCUGAUAGUGGACUUGGGUCACCUUGGUAUGGAAUGUAUGUGCUGAACCCCUAGGUGAUUCUGGGAAUUGGAACAGGGAUCUUAGGUCUGCCCUCUCUCUCUCUGUGUGUGUGUGUGUGUGUGUGUGUGUGUGUGUGUGUAUGUGUUCGUGGUGUGGGUGAAGUUUUUUACAGGUGAAUAAACAAAGUCUGAAAGAUG